AUGGAGGUUGCCGUGAUCACUGAACCGAGCAGUUUAGUCGAUAAUUUAUUAUUGAUUGUAGCUAUUUUCUAUAUUCUUUGUUUCCUCGUCGGUCUUCUUCUCAAUUCACUCCUUGCCAAAGCUGCGUUCACAUCAAAAGAACUCCGCGGUGUCCCUCACACAUUAAUCGGGAUCCGAUCCGUUUGCGACAUUUUACAUCAAUCUGGCCAUUUACCCCUUCUUUACUCAUUCGUUAAAGAAGACUCAAUCACACAAAAACAGUGCUAUUAUUUACAGUUUAUUCCGAUUCUCGCGAUUCUCGUUGGUGGAGCUGCCGUUUUUCUGUUGUGCAUUGACCGGGUGACGGCGGUUUUGUGGCCGUUGAGGUACCGAACCGCGCAAAGCCGUUCGACUGUGCGCACCAUGUUGAAGCUGGGCGUUGCUGGGGCAAUAGCCGCCGCAGGACUUGUUUUAGCCUAUGAAGAUACACACUCUGACAAAAAAGUGGUCUGCAGUAUCCCAGCCGGUUUGGGUCCUCGUCCUCGACUGAUCUUUGUGCUCACUCUCUUCGUUGUCGCUUUUCUCAUGGCGAUUCUUUAUCUAAUCUCAGCUGGUGUCCUUAAAAAGCAUACAUGUCCAAGUAAACGUCGUCGUUGCAUCUUUCGAUCGGUUCUCUGGUGUGCAUUGAUCUCGUUGGUUGGUUGGGUCCUCACCGCUCUUCUCAAUCUCAUUCUCAUGGUGCACGCCGAGUUCUGGAUGAGAAAGAAUCAACCAGAAGCAAUCACUCUUGAUGGUGGCUUCCUUUUCCUUUCUCAGGCUACAAUCGAGUUGUUGACCCAGCCGACUCCUCGGUGUCUUCUUCUGCAAAUUGCUUCUGGAAUCAUUCUCAAUCUCCUUUGCACAAUGACAUAUUUUGCUUAUUUUUGUUUGAGCUGUGACUAUCGGCGAGCUCUUCGAAGUCAAUGGGCAACAAUUGGAUGGCAUCCAUUCCAAUCACUUUCCGAGACUGACUCAACCGAAGUGAAGCCAGCAUUGGUG